AAGAAUCUCUAUUCUAAAUUCUCUCCUCUAUUUCAAGUCAGCUGUUUUUCCCCCUAAAUUGAUUGAUUCUCCUCUCGCGCUUUUCGACCGCUCAAGGUCCCUUUUCCCUCCUGUAUACGAAAACAAUUACAUCGAAAUUGAUUGUAGAAUUGUCCUGAUUGUCCUUCUUUUAUCUAAACUGAGGAAUUUUGUCGCUAAUGUAAUAUUUGUAUAAUCUAUCUGAGUGAAGAGCUAAGAAGUCGUCGAAAUUUUCUGUUGAUAAUUUUUUGAAUGAAAACUUGUCACUUUUCACCAUGGACAUGAAAUAUAAUUCUCUUGGAUUUAACAAGCAAACCGAAGCAUUAUUACGCGGUUUAGGAGGAUACGAUUUAAUAAAGGAAUUCAAGAGAAAAGAUAUAUCUACUGAUGUCUUGCAUAAAUUAACCAAGGAGGAUUUCAUGCAACUUGGUGCUGAUGAACAUCUUGCAGAAAACAUGUUCCAUGCUCUAUAUAUUUCAAAGGAAAAGAUUCCAAGUAUGAAGUUAAAGCCUCAUCAAAGGAUGUCUGAUAAAAUAGAAAUAUUGAAAAUAGGAAAGAAACAGCUUGAUAUAAUUCAAGCUUUUAUAACAUACUGCAGAAUUAAAUUACAAAAAAAAAGAAUCAAUUCUUUUAUUGAACCUGACAUAGCCUUAAGUGCUUCCACAGUUCUAUGCCUUGCCGCUGAUUCUAUUCUUAAGGAAGUUAAUGAAACUGAAUUAAAAUUAAAAGAACUGGAAGCUGUGAUAAUUAUGCUUUUUGCAAUAAUUGUCUUUGGAUGCAUAAGCAGCAAGGGCUAUCUUCCAAAAGACGAUGGGAAGGAAGUUUGUCUUUACAAUGACGACAAUAACGCAUGCAAUUAUGGGGUUGGCAUUGGAGUACUGGCAUUUUUGGCCAGUAUCGGAUUUCUCGCGGGUGAAUACCUGUUUGAACAAAUGUCGUCUGUCAAGACUAGAAAACAUUUUGUUCUUAUAGAUUUGGGUUUUUCGGGCUUCUGGUCUUUCCUGUAUUUUGUGGGAUUCUGUUAUUUGACAAAUGCAUGGAACAAUUCUCCAAGACCAAAGGAUGGAUACGGUGUGAAUAAUUUACAGGCGGCUAUUGCAUUCUCAUUUUUCUCCAUCUUCACUUGGGCUGCUUGUGCUUGGUUCGCAUUUCAAAGAUUUAAACAAGGUACUGAUGCAGCAUUUGCUCCGAGUUACGAAGCAGAUCCUGUUGGUGGUACAGGAUAUACAAGUUAUCCUGAUGCUACUGACACUGCUUACCAAGAACCGCCGUUUGGUCAACAACAACAGCGGGGUAUGGGUGACUUUCAAGCCCCAGCUUACUAAAAGUCAUCCAUAGUCAAUACCAAAAUGUAUUUCCAUUGGAUGCACAGCGAGCUACUUACGAAAGAAGAUGAUUUAGGAUAAUUUUUCAGAACAAGAUAUAUUAUUUCCAUCACCUGUUUUGCUUAAAGACUAAAGAAGAACUUCAUUCGCUGAUAGGUCGCUGGGCAGCGCGUUGGUCAUAGAGUAAGUUUUCAUGGCAGGAUGUAGAAGGAAGUUAUUUGUUAAACUGUGCUUCUUAUUGUUGACCACUUGUAAGUUACACUUAUAUCCAUAUGCCCAAUGUCACAAAAAACGUUAGGCAUGUUUAAGGUAUGUCAUAUACGCUUAAACAUGCAUUACGAUGGUGGCCAUUCUCUCUCUGACCAUCUUAUGGAAGUAAAUAUGAUAUCUUAUAAUAAAUAACUAUAGCAACUCCGUAAUAAGUAAGAACUAGUACAUGCACAGGCUAUGUAUAUUUUAACGUUGUAACGUGUUCAUAGUAAACGCGACUUAAAUAUAACAGUAAUACAAUGCAUUGCAUUAUUACGCAAUUAGUAAUAAACGAAAUACGCGAAAUCUAGGAUUGAAAUGAAUAAGUCGAUAUACAUGUUUUAUAUUAGUGAGACAAUAUCUAAGUUACUUAAGUUAUUUACUCAUAUUGGUUGCGUAAAUAUAAUAGAAUAUUCCUUACAUAAUAGUAUUAGCAAAUGUAUUUGCACUAAAAUAUGAUGAAAUAGUAAACCAAAGUUUUUCUAUUAACAUAAGUUCAUAUGAACAAAUUAUAUAUAUAACAUGCAUAAAUUAUCUGCAAUCUUGAUUAUUGCUAUAAAUUAGAUUUUUGUAUUUAUGAAUCUCUCACUGCAAGACUUUCGCCCAUUAAAUGCUUUAAUAUAUAUGUCAACAACUCAUUAUCAUAAAGAGGGGGAAAAAACUAUACAUUUUUUAAUAAGCAAACACGUUCCAAAGAAAGUUGAUCUUUGUUGAGUUUGUAUAUUUAAUGACUCAUUGUUCCAAUAAAUAUAUUAAUUUGGUAUGCAAUCUCAGAAAUAUAUUUAAUUAAAUACAUUAUUUAUUUAUAUUUAUUUAUAUUUAUUUACUUAUGCAAAGUAAAUGCAAAGUUCAAUAUUUAAAAUCUUGUAUUAUUGAAAACAUUAUUUUCAAAUUGGUAAUCAUAAGAAUGUAUGAAUUAACACUUGAAAAAUAUUUCCAAUUGAGUUUAAUAAUUUUGACAAAUGUGUCACAUAGGAUAACGGAAUCAGAAUAAUUCUGGAUUGACUAUGGAAAUAAUUAUUGGUUUGAAGCGCAAUAAAAGUAUUAUAUAUGUACUUAUGAUAUAAUUUCAUAUCCAUGAAAAAGAUCAAACACAAGUAUCAUUUACUUAAACAUUUUUUUGUUGUACAUUGUAUCAGAUAAAUAUGAACACUACUAGAAAUUUAUCCAGUAUUUUAGUAGCUUAAUAAUUAAUUCGAGAGAAUUAUACAUUUUCUAGGUAUAUGGCAUGUGAAUUGUACCAUUGAGUAAAAGAUGUUUUGAUGUCCGUUUGUUUAAAAACCAUCACCAUUUUUAUGGAUAUUUGUGUUUGUAGCUUACCUUUAAGGUUUUGAUAUAUCUGGUUUGCAUAAUUCUCUUGAAGAAAAUAAUUAUACGAUAAGGUAUUCUUAUACAUAAUUUGAAAUGCAUAGUUUAUGUAAAAUAUUAUGUGAAGUGCAAUAAUAAUUAUAUUAUAUGUAUUCCUGAUAGUUCCAAAGAUAUCCCUUUUUGGAUAUGCAGGAUUAAUUAUAAUAAAGAGAAAUAUUUUUUCGAGUUUUAAUUGUAUUAUUCUUUAUAUUUUAUUUCCUGAAUAAUUUAUUUAUCUACCUGCAUAUUCAAAGGGUUGAAUUUUUAGAUGUUCACUCUUUUCAAAAUUGGUCUCUCACUCUUUCAAGAUCUUAACCCUUCCAAGAUAAUAUAGCUGAUGAUAAUAUUGUUGACUAGCAGAUAGUGUGAUGAUGCACAGAUCACAUGCACUUGAAUGUCAUACCAAGAAGGGUUAAGACAAAAAAAUGCAAUCUAAAUCUUUUAAGUCUUUACCAUAUGAUAGAAAAAAUAAUAAUGCUAUCACACGCUUUUAAAUUCACCUGUGAGAUCAGAAAGAGCGAAACAGAGAGAAUGUAAUGUUAUCAAAAAGUGUCUAUUACAAAAGUGUAAAGGAAUAAAAACGUGUAUCAAGAUGUGGGUAUCGAUAACUAAAUAGCUGUUGUAUUAUUGUACUCUUAUACAUAUAUAUCAUUGCAUUUGAUGCAGUAGCAAUGUGUAUGCGUCUGUAAAGAUCUGAGUGUUUAGGGACGAUCUAAAAUGUAAUUUAAAAGAUAGCCAAAAUACAUAUAAGUGAUUAUUUUUAUGCAAGUCAAAA